UCCCUUCAAGCUGCCGGUGCGCUGUAGCGUUUUUUCGCUGUCCUGUAGCUCCUUUGGAAGAAUGGACGAUAUUAAAAAGAGAAUAAACAGCAUUACAGAUGAAGCUGAAGAUGCUUUUAUUUUAAAAGAGAUUGACGAAAUAAAUCGGUUUACUGUAUCAAACCAAUUGAGGUCAGGGUUUUUUGGACAAGAUGCCAGUGUCCAAACUGAAGAGUCAGACCUGCCAAAUGUAAAGCUUCUUGCUGCUAACACUGCAGAGCUAAUGAAGGAAGUGCAGGUUCUGAGGGAAGACACUGAAAAGAAACUGAAAAUAAUACAUGUUCAGUAUGAGACCAAACUGCAGCAAGAGGCUGAUGCCCUGUACACAAGAAUGAAUGAAAAAAUCACGAGUUUGGAAGACUGUCACAAAGAGAAAUUAUCUGUUCUUCGGAGAAGCUAUCAGCAGCAGCUAUCUGAUGCACUGCAGGUGGUCAAAUCCAGCUAUAAGAAAAGUAACAGAAAUCUGGAAGAGACAGAUUUAUUUUCUGACUCUACUGAUGGACGAGUAAAGGAACUUGUAGAAGAGCUUGAGGAGAAGAACCUGAAAAUUGAAUGUAUGACUGAACAGCUAAAGAAAUAUGAGAUCGACCCGGAGGGAGCGGCGGACCCGGUGAAAAACAGACUCAAGUCAGAAAAUGAAAAGCUAAAAGACAAGAUCCACUCGCUGCACGUCGAACUGGAAGAAAUUCGACAGACCCUGGAAUCCCAAGAACAGACGCUGGCCGUGGAACUGGCAAUGGUAAAAUUAGAGGCUGAAAACAGCAAAAAGGCCGUUCAGAAGUUAACAAGUGAACAUGAGCAAGUGAAAAUGCAGUUAAGCUUAGAGAGAGAGAAUGGCCAGAAAAAGAUGAAACAGUUUAAAGAGGAAAUGGAGAAAGAACUUGCACAGGUUGAGGCUUCACACAUGAGGGAGAAAGCAGCGAUUGAAAGGAAAUUUAAGGAGGAGAAGUCAGCAGAACCCACAAGCGUGGAGCUUAUUGGGAAUACAGAGCUGGUUCAAAAACUAAAAGAACUAAGAAAGACAGAGGAAGUGCAGAAAAAGGAGAUCGAAAGGCUCAAUAAGCAGUUGUGCACUUCCAAUCAGGUGUGGGAAAAGAAGUUUGAGAUUUUAAGACAGAGUUUUCACGCCAUCAAGGACGAGAUGUUCUUACGGCAGUCGCUCCAGCGGCAGGAGGCUAUACUUCACAACCCCUCAGUCAGCUUUGCGAUGGAUGCUCCUUGUGCACCACUGCAAAAGAGUGACAGUAAUUUAAACCGGUUGGGCUCUACUAGUGUAGCUCCAUUGCCACGUAUAGGUGCUGGAGGCCAGCAGAAAAAGAACAGGACGAUUGGGACAAUGGACCUCAGCCUGCAAACUGAGAGAUGAGAACAUGCUUUCACCACCUCAGAUUCCCAGUUGGUCAUUGCAGAUGAAGAGAAUGAAGAAUAGACACGGACCUUCCCUUUUAACCAGGCAACUACUGUUUAUAUUUGUGCUGUCCUAACUUGAUGACAAUAUCAUGUCCUUCAGUAUUAAUGCUUUUUUCUUUUUUAAUCCGAAAAAAGUCUAAGGCCCGGUUUCAAAGACACUGUAAACCCAAAUGCUCAAAAUAAUCAAGCAGAUUAAGUAAUGUAAACUUAAUUUUAUGAAAUUAAAUAUUUUAAGUUCCUGAAACAUUAUUUUUACAUAUUUGUAAUUAUUUUUUAAGUUAGUUUUUAAGUCUACUUAAUUUCAGGAGAAUGAUGAAUGAAAUAUUUAAGUCACACUUACUAAGAACUUUAAUGUGACAUUAAUCAAAUGUAAAAGUUCUUCUUGCUUAAACCAAGACCCUCUAAAACUCAAAAAAUUUGAGGCAACGAGGUGCCUUAAUUUUUUGAGUAUAGGCAAUUUAUCCGGGUUUACAGUGAUAGUUUAAGCCAGGACUAUGCCUUAGUCAAAUUAGGAUAUUUUGGUCGCUUUUAUUAAAAUGCCAAACAUUACUUGUGAGCAUCUUGACCUUAUCUUUGUGAGCAUCUUGAUCUUAGCCUUAAGCCUUAAACCAGGCAUAAAAGUACUAAAAACAGUGAAAGAGUUAUUAUGAUGUGGUGAUUUAAUUAGUUUCAUACUGUAUAAUGAUAUAAUAUUGACAUAUAAAUGUCAAAUCUAAUAAAGGAAAACCCUGUUAAGAGUUAAAGAACUAAAACAUUUCUUAAGUAUAUUGAUCUGCGUGUUACAAUCCCUCAUUUUUCUCCGUAAUAAAGCGGAAUAAUUAUUAUUUCAUACAUCUGAACAAGAGGAAGUUCAUUUUGUGAGUAAAGAUAUCACGGCUCGCUGUUUAGCCUGUUUGGCUUGGUUUCAAGCAAUGAGAAUAGAAAACUUCAAAUGUCUUUAAGUAAAUGCAUUAGAUUUCUCCCAUAGUG